AAGGGACGGGACGGGCCCGGCUGAGCCGCCUGGAGUUGCGUGCCGUCACUGCUGCUGCCACUGUCACCUUUCCUUCCGCGCCUACAACGUUUCGCGCUCCACUACGCGGCUCUCCCGGGCUGUGCGCUGCGUGGAAUCCCACCAGCUCCUCUCCACAGGACCCGCAAAAGGGGAGAGCGAGACUUUUUACUGCGGCCCCCGGCGCCCUUUUGCGCGCAGGAUGGAGACCCAAGGCGGGUGGCUCUUCUUCUGGGUGCCCCUCAUGCUGGUUCUGGUGGCACUGGCGCUGGAGCUCAGCCCACGGGCCAAGUUCAAGGCGAAGAUUGGCUUCUACUGCGUCCUCUGCGUGGUUGCCUCCACCUUCACCGCCCCCGUCUGCCUCCUAUGGAACCGAGGAAGGACUGUCCACAACAUGACGUGAGCUUGGAAGCUUCCCCGCUUCCCCGAUCUCCUUUAUUUAUUUGGGGUGUUCUUUGCAAUAAUAGCUGAGAGUUUGGGCUAUAUACACGCGCGCGCGCUCGCGCGCGCGCAUGCAUCAUAGCGGGUUGGACUAGAUGAUCCUUUGCUUCCUUUCCCAUUCUACGAUUCUGUGACAUCCCUCCCACCGUUUCCUUUCCCGGGUCGGGAUUCCUUUCCUACUCAGGGCGUGGAGCUCUGCGCUCGCUCGCAAGCUCUCCUCGUGCUUUUCUUUCACGGAUGUUUAGCAGGCAGUUUGCAAAGUGUGGCAACGUUUGGAGGCUCACCUCUGCCAAGGACAGGCUCCUUGUUUUUCCCACACACGUGUCUUAAUACAAGUGACUGCUUUUUUUAAAUUUAUGUUUUGCCGCCCUUAAAAUAUUUGCAAAAAUCCACAGAACGCGGCUCAUGCAAUGUCUUUGGAAGCCCGUUUUCUCUGCUGCCUUCUAACAAAACUCUUAAUGCAAGCUUUCCGUUUUGGUGACUUGUGGAGCGAGCCUUUUCAGGAGGGAGAGUUUUCCUCCUCCGCUCUUCCGGGUUUGCAAGUCCUGCCUCUUCCUGGAGAGUAGAGAGCAAGCUAGGAUAGAGAAAUCUCGCUUUAAACCAGCGGUCUCAACAGGUUGAGAAAGGCUGCUUUUGCUUUCCAUUCUCUUAAGAAACCUUGAUCCUUCACUUCCUCAAAUCUCACGCGGGCGCACUUUACAAGAGCCCCAAAUCUCACACCGGGGUGGGGGGGGGCGGACUCUGUGCAUAGUCUAGAGCAGCGCUUUUCAAACUUUUUCGGCCACCGCCCCCUUGCCUCCAUAAACUCAACCCCAGCGCCUGCUACCCUACCCUAUAAAAAGACAUUGUUCAGAAUUUUUUUGUUGGCAUCCAUUUGUCUCGAGAGACAGUGGAAUGCGCCUCCGGGGGUGAAGUCAAACUGCUGUAGAAUCACGGUCCCAAUAACAGACAAUAACAGUAAAAUUCAGAACAGCAACAAUUAAUUGCACAUUUACUCAAAAUCCAAUUAAAACUCUUUGGCUUAAUUGGAGGAACUUGAUCCAGUGAUAGCAGCUUUUCAAAGUGUAAUAGUCAUUUACACCUUCAGCGCCAUUCUGCCCCCCUCUUGUCUCUUAGUGCCCCCCAGGGAAUCAGCCUCCUCCCGCCGCCCCGCCCCCCCCCCUCGCCAUGUUACUGCACACUUUGGGAACCACUUGGUCAGGGUGUCUUUUCACACCUCUACCUCCCUUUGCUAUUGCAAAGAACAACAAUCCCAAGAACAAAAUACGCAGCUGGCUGCUCAGAAGACUGCCCCCCUCUAGACUUGGGGAAAUUGUGCACACCCACCCAGCUAUGACAGUUGUCUCCAGCAUUCCUUCCUGACUCCAGUCUAAAUUAAACCUGCCCAAAGCAUUGAUGCGUCAUCUGUGUAUGUUUAAAAAGUUCAGACCCUCCAAGUGCCCCUAUUUUCCAGUGACGUUCCUGGUUUAGAGAAGCCGUCCUGGUUUCCGAUUUGAUCCCGGAUUGUCCCACUUUUCCUUAGGAUGUCCCUAAUUUCAUUGGAGAAAUGUUGGAGGGUAUGGAGUUAUCUGACCCCCCCAGCCAUCUGAAGGCAAUCCUGUAUAGGGAAGGUGUUUUUUUAAAAAAAUGUUUAAUCUUUUAUUACGUUUCAAAUAUGUUGGAAGCUGCCCGGAGUGGCUGGGGCAACCCAGUAAGAUGUGUGGGGUAUAAUAGUAAAAUUAUCAUUAUGGAAUGGGACGUCUCUGUUUUCAUCGGAGAAAUGUUGGAGGGCAUGAAAGUUGCUUUCUGGCUUGCAUAUGCACCACAUAUUUAGAGCAUAUUUCUACCCACCCACACCUGAAGAAUCCUGGGAACUGUAGUUUAAGGGUGUUGGAAAUUGAAGUCUUGUGAAAUAUAGUUCCCACGAUUCUUUUGGGGAGGGGUGUUUUUAAAUGUACAGUAUAGCGCGAAUUUAGCCUUUUUAUAAUAAUAAUAUUUUAUUAUUUAUACCCCGCCUAUCUGGCUGGGUUUCCCCAGCCACUCUGGGGAAUUUAAAAUUUUUUUAAAGUGGAGAUGUGAGUUUGGACUAGCUUCUUACUAUUAUUCUCGCGCUCUCUCUCUCUCAAAAAAAGAAGAAGAAUGAGAUCUCAUUUCUCUUCCCUUAUUAGUUUAGCAGAAUCCAAUGAAACAUUAAUGAAAUCGCCAGCAUCUACUUUGCAGGCAGUUUCUUUAAAAAAUAAUAAUCAGCAUGUCACCCAACAUCUUCAGAGGCGUUUUAUCCAACAAUAUCUCCUUAGAGUAAACACACUGGAAUUAAAGGGCUUGACUGAUUUGGGUCCAUUAGUGUCAAUGGACCUAUUAUUUAACGUGUUUAUAUUUAUACCUGCUUCCUCCCAAGGUGGUAUGCAAGGCAGCUCAUAGCAUUCAAAAGCAACAUUCUAAAAUAUAAUUAUAAUACAUCAAAGUUGGACUACAACUCCAUUGCUUUUCUAUCCCCUCCACCCACUUUAGUUUUGGAAGCCAGCUUGUGCUACACAGAACGGGCGUCACAGUUCCCCCUUCCAUGAACUUGAUUUCUUUCUCUGCAAGCGAUCCAUGAUAUAUUUCCCCCUAAUUAAAUGAUAUUGCAUAGUGGCUGGUCUAAGGGAGCUGCAGCAAAGAUAAUGAGCUGCUAUUUUGAAUCAACUCUAAUUACAGCACUCUUGCUAUGUGUGGUUUCUAGAAUCAGGCCCUGCCUGGCAGGUGGCAGGUCAGUCUGGAUUUCCACAGCAUAUUUUUUUUAAACACAUGCUAGUAUCCAUACUGCUGAAUAACCAACCGCAAAAAUAUUAUGGCAAUUUAAAUGUUGCCAUUAUUUUGCAUUAAAUAACUAGGCCUGCAUUUCCAUUUCAGAGAGAGUGAGAGUGUUGGGUGGAUGUUUUAGUGCAAUAGUGUGAGUUGAGGUGUCUUCGUCUGGCUGCACAUACUGACUUCUGAGCAAGCAGAGAUCAGCAUUCCAGACCCACCCAAAUUUUACUUCUUUAUAAUGCUUCAGGGCAUCUAGGUCUGUUGAAAGGGGUGAGAAGAAGAUAACUUCUCUUUGUGGACCUUCACUUCCUUGGGUGAUCAAGUGACACAACUGGAAUUAUUUCAAGCAUCUAGCCCUCAUGGUUACUGAGAGAAUCUUGAAAUUCAUGCAACAGCCUUUUAAUUAUUAUUAUUUUAAAGCCCCAAUUAACUUGCAUUUCAACUGGUUUUGAUGUUGGCUUUAUUGGGACAUUUCAGAAUGUAAUGUGCAGAAGUUCGGGAGUUGGGCAUUGGAACAAAGCCACUCCUGUCAAUCAUGUGUCAUGAAGUGAUUGCUAAUUGUUCUGCUGGUGUGUUUGCAGAAAAUGUGUGUGUGCAUUCCCUUUACUGCAACUGGAAAUAUAUUUCACCAACAUGGCUGUUCUCCAAACAUGUGUACCAAAGUGUUUUUAUGCAAUAGACACACAUAUUCCUCUUGUAAACAGUGUAGGAGAAAUAUAGUACAGUGGUACCUUGGUACUCAAACUUAAUCUGUUCCGGAAGUCCGUUCCAAAACCAAGGUGCACUUUCCCAUAGAAGGUAAUGCAAAACUGAUUAAUCCGUUCCAGACUUUUAAAAACAACCCCUAAAACAGCAAUUUAACAUGAAUUUUACUACUGAGACCAUUGAUCCAUAAAAUGAAAGCAAUAAUCAAUGUACUGUACUGUAAAAUAAAUAAGAUAGUAUUGUAGAUGAUAAAAAUUAAAAUAUAAAAAAAUUCUAACCUGUACUGAUGAUAGUCAUUGUUUGGAUGGGGGCUUUUAUCCAUUUCCGCAGUCACACAGUCAAUCAAUCCAUCAGUAGCUGAACUGGGUUGCACACAGUCACAAAAACAAAUUAACACAAAAAGCCUCAAAAACAAAACACAAAAUAAAUAGCAAAAACAAAAGCGCCAAACUUAAUCUGUUCCAGAAGUCCGUUUGAAAUGUUCAAAAACCAAGGUGCAGCUUAUGAUUGGUGCAGGCGCCCCCGAAACAAUAGUCAACAGCCACAUUGGACGUUCGGCUUCCGAAAAACGAUCGAAAACACUUACUUCCGGGUUUUCGGCAUUUGGGAACCAAGGCGUUUGAGAACCAAGGUACCACUGUAUUAAAUAAAAGACCUCUUUAUUUCAAGCUUCUUUAAACACUUUUCCUGAAAUGCCCUACAUGGGAACAUGGGUGUAGUCUGGAUUUUUGUUGAAAGGACAGGCCUUUUGUUUUCUGGGGGGCAGAACCUCAGUUAGCUAUGUAUUUUUAUUGAUUUUGGAGGGGCAGCUGCCCCUUCCUGUCCCCCGUCCCCCCGAGCUGCACUCAUGGGUGGGAAAACUGAGCUGGUGUGAAAGGGAACCUCAGUUCCACUCCACCCCCACCAUCCGCCAUGCCAACUGUUUUCUCUCAUCCAAAAUUGUGUGUCCCUUUCCCUGGUGGAUACAAUACACAGAAAUGACUGCCUUAAUAGUAUUAAGUUCAGGGUCUAAAUUAACUUGAGCUGCACCACCAGCAGUUUCGUGGUGUAGGCCUCCCCAGUGUGCUCUGCCUAGCCACCCCCACCCCACCCCCCAAAACCUGCGGUCACUUUUGUCAGCUGCCAAGAUGAAAUCUGGUUACUGAAUGCAGCCCUUUCUUCAGUACUAUGAGGACUAGAACAUCGAUAUAUAUAUAGAGAGAGAGAGAGGAGAGGUGUGGCUCAGGGACAGAGCAUUCACUUGUAGAAAGCUUGUUGGAACCUCCAUAUAUAGCUGGGAAAACAUCCCCUGCCUCAAACCCUGGAGUACAGCUGCUGCCAGUCAGUGUAGACAAUAUGGAGCUAGAAUAGACCUUUGUUCUGACUCCAUAAAAGGCUGUGCUCCUAUUUAAUUCAGCCUUUUCUUCAAGUCCAUGAGGACUAGAAUGUAAGCAAAUGUGAGAUUUCUCUCCCCCUCGAGCAAAAAUAAUUGUGCCGGGUUGUGAGUGGGGCAUGGGAUGUGGGUGUCAGAAUUCCCCUUUCACACCCCUUUCCUCCUUUCUUGUGUUGCUCCACACCCUGACAGACUGGAAUUGUUUGGGUCCCAUGAGGUAUUCAGAGGUGUGUGAGCUCCAAACACGUGUGUGUGUGUGUGUGUGUGUGUGUUGCUGUAAUGAUGCUUUCAUGUCAAAAGCUUUACUUAAAAGAGGCAAGUUGAGGCAAGAAUUUUGUUUAGCAGGAAUGCCUGUGGCGAGGCCUGACACUUUGCCACACGGUCACUUAUUUGCAUGCUUUUUACAAGGACAACACCCACCACACAAAGGGCAAGAGGUGAGGAGCCUUCCUUUUGCGAAUCCCCCAGGUGCGCAUUCCCUUACAGGUAACAUUCCAGGGGCUACAGGCCACUUGUAGGUAUAGCUGCACACAAGUUGGAGGGUUAGAUAUGGAGUUAGUCAUGUGCAGAGUAAAGUAAAGGUAAAGGGACCCCUGACCGUUAGGUCCAGUCGCGGACGACUCUGGGGUUGCGGUGCUCAUCUCGCUUUACUGGCCGAGGGAACCAGCGUACAGCUUCCGGGUCAUGUGGCCAGCAUGACUAAGCCGCUUCUGGCAAACCAGAGCAGCGCAUGGAAACCUUCCCGCCGGAGCGGUACCUAUUUAUCUACUUGCAGUUUGACGUGCUUUCGAACUGCUAGGUUGGCAGGACAUGUGCAGAGUAGACCUGUUUAAAUUUUUUAAAUGUGGCCUGCAGACACCUCAUGCUUUUGGAGUACGUGGUUUCUUCCCCCAAAGAAUCUUGGGAAGUGUAGUUUUGCUCCCUAGGGAGCUACAGUUCCCAGUGCCUUUAACAAACUGCGGUGCCUAUAACUCUUUGGGGAAAGCUAAGUGCUUUUAACUUUUUUAUUUCAUAAAAUCUAUACAGCGCUUCAUGAUUUAAGAAAGAAAAACUUUAACACAGUUAACAACAGAGACAAAAACAAAAAAUUAUCAACAGGAAGAAUUAACAAUAAUUUUAGACAUUCGAACAGUUAAAAUAGCAAUAGACUCACACCUGCUUUAUAAAUAGCUGCAUAGGCUUGUCUACAUAAAAUUGUUUUUUGCAGGUGCCGAAAAGAGUAUAGCAAAGGCGCCUGACCAAUAUCCAUAGGCAGGGAGUUCUGGGGGUUAGAAAAAAUUGAGUUCUGAGAGAUGUGGGGCGGGGAUUAUGUGUGAUGUGUACGCAGCCUAACACUGGCAUGUUAAAUAUAGGAUAGAUCUGCACCCUAUAUUUAUUUGGACUUCCCUCAAUGAAUCCUGGGAACUGCAGUUCACCCUUCACAGAACUGCAGCAGGGGCUGUACCUUGGAGCAGCAAACCUUCCCCUAAAAAUGAAGAUUAUUGUCAUGGUUCUGAGUAAAGGGCUAAAUUUAAUAGGAGGUUGCUACUUAUAUUUAACUUGGGAAGAUGCCUUCUACUAAGUCAGACUCUUGGUCUACUGUCUACACUGGCUGACAUCAGCUUCACGAAGGGGCUUCUGGAAGGGAGUCUUUUCCCAAGACCUACCUGGAGGAGAUCUGCUGGGUGUUGAACCCAGGACCUUCUGCAAGCAAAGCAAGUGAUCUGCCACUGAGCUGCAGCCCUUCCUCAUACAUUUGGUGCCCUCCAGGUGUCUUGCACUAAAGCUCCCAUCAGUCCCAGCCAGCAAGUCAAAACCUUGAACAAUUCAGCUAAAUGCUUGUUUGCAGAGCCUGCAUUAACAGCCUGUCCUAGAAAUAUUGGCUGGCUCUCCUAGUUUGGGAUCCUUCUGACACACAGGAACUCUCUGAGAUUGUCCUGCAGACCAGACAGCAAACAACUGGUUGCUCAACCAAUCUGUUCCCCACCACCACCCCUUACUGCCAGUUCUCACAUUCCCCUCCUAGCAGCUCUUCCCACAGGCCCAGCCAGAUGAAGCCUGCAAAAGAAGGAGCAAAAGAAAAAUCCUAAUGUGUGAGCAUUAGCCCCAGAAGCCACUUAAAAAGGGAUCAAGGAUGCAGCGUGGCCCACAUGCAAAGGGGCGGUGAUCACACUUACUCAUCCUCUUAGAGCCUAUAAAUAGAAAUCCUAGAAGCACAUUCACCAGGGGUGGCAGAAUUUAUUUAUUUGCAGGGCAUAGUAAGUUCUGGCAUCAAGCAAACACAAAGGCCAUUAAACAACAAGAGAUUUUAAAGUCCUAAAGCAGCAGCUGGAAACUUCUCAGGCCACAUGUGGCCCUUUGGCCCUCUCUGUCCAGCCUCCAGCGUUCUUUCCUUGACCACCCUUCUGCCCCCAACCCUCUCCCCAUGGGCCCUGCUGCUCCUGGAGUACAUGAAUGUGCUUGGAAUGUGUCCUUGAGCUGUGACAACACUGCUGGCCUGCCUGAACUGAGACAUGUCUAUAUCUGUAUAUCUAUGUAUAGAGCAACCUCUGGGGCUGCAGUUGAUGAAACUCUACUCAGAGUAGACCAAUGAAAUUAGGGAAGGGCCAUGGCUCUGUGGAAGAGCCCCUGAUCUGCAUGCAGAAGGUCUUGGGUUCAAUCCCCAGUGUCAUCUUCAGGUAGGGCUGGAGAGUUACUGCCAGUCAGUGUAGACAAUAUGGAACUGAAUGGACCAAUGGUCCAAUGACUCAAUAGAAAGCAGCUUUUUAUGUGCCAGGUUCGCACCAGAGGAAAAGACUCCUGUUCAUUAUCAACCAGGGUUCCAGAACAGCCUCAGAACUUAACAGUGUGGUUCUGGUUUUGCAGUUCUGGGGUUGCACACUUUUUGCAGCAGCCGGAUGCCAGGCUGAAUAGCGAGAUGCCAGUGGACCAGUUUUGGGGAUACAGUUUGACAUUAAAAAAGUAGUAGUAGUAAUGUUGUUUGUUAUACAACCUUAGUGUACCAAGGGGUUGACCUGACCCAGAAAGGCCACCCUGGCCAGUAGGUCACCUCCAGAAGGGAUUGAUCUACUCCUGUGCCACAAUUUAGUGGCUAGUGUGGUUCUUUGGAACACGUUCUCUGGCCUUAUUGGUCAUCAAAUAUCCCUUCCCUGAGAUUUAUAUAAGCUGCAAAGGGGGUUAAUCUGGCCUUGUCCACAAAGGCUGUGAUCUAGCUAACUUUGGAUUCCAAGAGCCAGGACUGGGUUUGUGUAUAAGGCUAUGUACACACUGCAAAUUUAAAGCAACCCACCCAACCCCCUUAAAAAGAAAAAAAGAAUCCUGGGAACUGGAACGCUGUGAAAGGUAAAACAAAGUCCCCAGGGCUCUUUGAGGGAAAGCCAUGUGCUUCAGAUGUUUGGUAUGUACACUCGACCAAUGGAAGGGAGCCUGUAUUGUUGGCUGGUUCUUGUUUUACAAUAAUCUUGUUAAGUUUAUAUUGCUCCUUAUUCCUUCCUAGAAUGGAGCGGCUCCCCUUUGAAGAAAGUUUGCAGCAAUGGGGGCUUUUUAAUUUAAAGAAAGCCUUUCUUUGCACAGCACAUAGUUAAACGAUACUUCCACAGGAGGCAGUAACAGCCACCAACCUAGACAGCUUUAAAAAAGGAUAAUACAAAUACAUAAAGGAGGAGAGGGCUAAUGAGGGCUACUGGCCAUAAUGGCUGUGCUCUGCCUCCAUAGGUGCUUCUGAAUACCAGUUCCUGGAAACCACAGGAGGGGAGAGAGAUCUUGUGCUUGAAUCCUGUUUGCUGGUUUCCCCUUUGGGGUAUCAGGUUGGUCACUGUAAGAACAGAGCACUGAUCCAGCUGGUGGUUUGUAGAUAUAAUAAUAAUAAUAAUAAUAAUAAUAAUAAUACAGUGGUGCCCCGCAAGACGAAUGCCUCGCAAGACGGAAAACCCGCUAGACGAAAGGGUUUUCCGUUUUUGAGUUGCUUCGCAGGACGAAUUUCCCUAUGGGCUUGCUUCGCAAGACGAAAAUGUCUUGCAAGUCUUGAGAUUUUUUUUUCGCUUUUCCCCCCCCUUUAUCUAAUCUGCUAAGCCUUUAAUAGCCUUUAAUAGCCUUUUAGCAGCUAAUCCGCUAAGCCUUUAAGCCUUUAAUAGCCGCUAAACCGCUAAUAGCGCUAAUCCGUUAAGACGCUAAUAGGGUUGCUUCGCAAGACGAAAAAACCGCUAGACGAAGACUCUCGCGGAACGGAUUAAUUUCGUCUUGCGAGGCACCACUGUAAUAAAUUUUAUUUAUACCCAGCCAGAGCCAGGCUCAGGGCAGCUAACAGCAUUAAAGUUUCAGUAAAAAACAUAAUGGGGGGGGGCACACCAAUUUAAAAUACAGGUUAAAAUGCAAUUUAAAAUGCAGCCUCAUUUUAAAAGUAGCCCAUAGAUCAAAACCAUAAGGGGAGGGAAACAUAAGGGUCAGACUGAGUCCAAACCAAAGGCCAGGCGGAACAGCUCUGUCUUGCAGGCCCUGCGGAAAGAUGUCAAGUCCCGCAGGGCCCUAGUCUCUUGUGACAGAGCGUUCCACCAAGUUGGGGCCAAUACUGAAAAGGCCCUGGCCCUAGUUGAGACCAAUCUAACCACCUUGCGACCUGGGACCUCCAAAAUGUUGUCAUUUGUGGACCGUAAGGUCCUCCGCAGGGCAUACCAGGAGAAGCGGUCCCGUAUAAAGUGAUUCAAGGCUGCAUAGAUGGGUCUUCUGCCUCAGCCCUUCCAAUUUUAUUCUCACAACAACCCUGUUGAGUUAAGAGUGAGAGGGGUUGCUUCAGACUUCACGGCACCUGGGCCUCCCUUUGUGCUGAUGCUAUGAAUAAAGUGUGGCAUUUUCAUUUGGGCCUUUUCUGAGGAAUCUUCAAAGUCCUUAGAGGUGCAUGACCAAGUUGUGUGGCAGUGCUGGCUACUCCUGUUUUUCAGAGAAUUUGGUGCCUUGAAUCAGGCUUACUGUAUGAAUUUAUGGUUGAGGCCUUGUCAGAAUGAGGCCACCCACACAGGCAAGAAUAAGGAAACAAAACAAAAAAAGGCAUUCUACAUACCUAGGGACGCUUUUGCCUUUUAUUUUUUUAACUGUUUUCUGGGGGGUGGGGGUGGAUUUCCUGGUGCAGCCGACAUCUGUGUCAUGAGGAAAAUGUUGCAAUGCUUUCUGAUAGUGCUGUGGUGGUGGUGGAGCUGAGUGUAACAUCAUGACCCUAUCGUCAUUUCAGUCCUGGGUGAGGGUUCGAGAUGCUGUAAUCAGAGAGUGACUAAAAAUCAUGACAUAAGGAGGUCAGAUUGACUGUUGCAAUAACGCCAUGUUCCUUUUCAACAAACACUGUUUCCUGUGUGCAAAGUCUGUCUCUGUGUGUGUAAGGUUGUGUGAGUGAAGGGGGAGGAGGGAGAGGUGGAAGGCAGCAAGUCUGCUCAGGACUUGCCUCUGGCACAAAGAGAGGCUGCCUUAGACUGAGUCAGUCCAUCUAAUUCAGUGUCACCAACACUGACUGGCAGCAGCACUGGCUUUCCAGGGUUUUAGAUUGGAGACAUUCCCAGCCCUACCUGGAUAUUCCCAGAGGGAUUGAACCUCCAUCUCUGAACCCUGGUCCUUUCUCCUGGACAGAAGGUUGCCAUAGAGCAGGGGUCAGUAAACUUUUUCAGCAGGGGGCCGGUCCACUGUCCCUCAGACCUUGUGGGGGGCUGGACUAUAUUUUGAAGAAGAAAAAAUGAUUUAAUUCCUAUGCCCCACAAAAAACCCAGAGAUGCAUUUUAAAUAAAAGGACACAUUCUACUCAUGUAAAAACACACUGAUUUGCGGGCCGGAUUUAGAAGGCGAUUGGGUCGGAUCCGGCCCCCGGGCCUUAGUUUGCCUACCCAUGCCAUAGAGGAUGUUCCUCCCCCCUGUCUGCAAAAAACAACAACUAAAAAACUAAAAACUAGGAUGCUCUGUUGAUUUUUCAAAGGAGGAGAUGGAAGUGCCAUGGCUUGCAAAACUACAAUGCAUUGGUUCUUACUUCAGAACCAUGGAAUGGAGUCUUUCUCCAUAGGAGUGGACCAUUGCCAGAGGCAGGGCAUCUCUAGCUAGGGCUGAGAGUGAACCCCCACCCCCCACCCCAGUUUGCUCUGAUUCAGUGAAAGGCAGCUUCUUAAAAAGAAGAAUACCACCUCCAGUGUUUCUAAUGCUCUUGGGGUGGCUAACAACUGUGAAGCGAGGGCAGAAAUUCUAGCAGUGCUUUACAGUGGUAUCUCGGGUUACAUACGCUUCAGAUUACAGACCCCACUAACCCAGAAAUAGUACCUCGGGUUAAGAACUUUGCUUCAGGAUGAGAACAGAAAUUGUGCUCCGGCGGUGCGGCGGCAUCAGCAGGCCCCAUUAGCUAAAGUGGUGCUUCAGGUUAAGAACAGUUUCAGGUUAAGAACAGACCUCCGGAACGAAUUAAGUACUUAACCUGAGGUAUCACUGUAUUUAUUUAUUUUCCUCUGGCAACAGAAAAAAAGUUCGUUUCAUAAGGUUGUUAUUAGAACUGGACGUCCUCCCAUUAGAUGAGGCUAGGUACAAACACAAGCAUACCUGUAACGGAUCCUGGAAGUCCGUUUUUUCCUUGGCUGUGCUUUUAGAGUACUAGGCUACGUGUGGACAUAAGAUGAGCCUUGGUGGAUCAGGCCUAAGGGGAUCUUAGAGUAGUCCAGGACCCUGGACCCAAUAAAUUCCCUAUGCAAAUUACUCUAAUUUGCACAUGAAGAUUUCCCAGGAAAUUCACAUCACCAGAUUAAGAACAUAAGGAGAGCCGGUUGGAUCAGGCCAAUGGCCCAUCAGGCCCAGCAUCCUGUCCUCACAGUGGCCAACAAGAUGCCCCCAAUAGGAAACCUGCAAGCAGUUGGCACGAGGGCGCUCUCCCCUCCUGUGGUCUCCAGAAACUGGCAUUCAUAAGCAUUACUGCCUCCAACUGUGUAUGCAGAGCAUUGACAUCAGGCUUAGUAGGCACUGAACACCUCAUCUCCUCCAUGAAUUCAUCCAGUUCUCUUUUAAAGCCAUACAGGUUUAGCGGCCAUCAGGGCCUCUUGGUCCUGACCCACUGAUGAGGCUGUGGGAGACACCCACCAUGAAUGACAGACGCCCAGGAAGGUGGCACCCACCUUGCCUCUGUCACCCUCAAGUGGCACAAAAUUCUGGAGAGGUCUCUUUUAUAUAUUGCGAGAUCUCAUGGAGCACGUGAGACUUCACAAGACUUUGGCGGUAUCUUGCAAGAUGAUAUCUUGCAAGACAGAUGUCAGAUGUCAGAAUCUGGAUUCAAGAAAUUGGAUGCAUGGGUCCAAACUGACAAGAGCUCCACCUGCUCAACUGCUUAGAAGCGUGAGGGAAAAGCAGCCAGGCCAGUUUCUGGGGACGCGGCCUUCUUGCUGAUGAGUUAAUUUGCUUCAGAGCAUCUAAGGGAGGAAAGGUGGUUCCAAACCCCAAAGCACCAUGUAUAUUUCAUGACUAAAAAAAUUCCUCCCAGUAGCACCUUAGAGACCAACUAAGUUUGUUAUUGGUGUGAGCUUUCGUGUGCAUGCACACUUCUUCAGAUACAGGUUUACUACACCUAUCAGCUAAUCACCCAUUCCCACCACCCUUCUGAGUAAUACCCCUCCCCACCCUCUCACUAUAUAUAAAGUUCUGGUGACUUCUGUUUCAGUGUAUCUGAAGAAGUGUGCAUGCACACAAAAGCUCAUACCAAUAACAAACUUAGUUGGUCUCUAAGGUGGUGCUGGAAGGAUUUUUUAAAUUUUGUUUUGACUAUGGCAGACCGAAAUGGCUACCUAUCUGUAACUAUUUCAUGACUGUUUAUUAAGUUUCUGUCCUAGGAUACAAGAAAGGUAGUCUCUCUAGCAUAAGAUCACCCCCAGUGAGCUUCAGGACUGAGUGGGGAGGGAUUUGAACCCUGGUCUCCAUCAGGGCCUAGUCCUCAUUUAAUCCCCACAACAACCCUGUGAGGUAGGUUAUGCCGAGAGAGGUAGUUACUGGCCCCCAAGGUCACACCCAUGACCUUUGUGACCAAAUGGAUGGAUUUAAACCCUGGUUUCUCCCAGGGCAUAGGGAUGUGGGUGGCCUCUUGGGCUUGCCAAUCAGAAGGUCGGCGGUUUGAAUCCCCGCGACGGGGUGAGAUCCCGUUGUUCGGUCCCAGCUCCUGUCAACCCAACAGUUCAAAAGCAUGCCAGAAAGUUCGAGUAGAUAAAUAGGUACCGCUCCGGCAGGAAGGUAAACAGUGUUUCCUUGCUCUGCUCUGAUUUCGGUGUUCCAUUGCACCAGAAGCGGCUUAGUCAUGCUGGCCACAUGACCUGGAAAAACCUGUCUGCAGACAAACGCCCGCUCCCUCAGCCUAUAAAGCGAGAUGAGUGCCACAAUCGCAGGGUCGUCUGUGUCUGGACUGAACUGUCAGGGGUCCUUUACCUUUACCUUUUGUCUCCCAGGGCACCCUAGCAACUAUACUCCAACACACUACAGAGGCAACAAGCCGUUCUCGGCUUUUGAAGCUGGAAGGUGGGGCAAGUUACACAUUAUCCCAAGAGUGCACACACUAGCUGGAACACUCAUCCACCACUCGUCUGCUCUCACCUGAGAGAGGGCAGGGUCCACUCCACUGCUCUCAUGUGCCCAGGGAGGAGUUCUCUGGAGAGAAGCCAGCUGCAGAAAGGAAGAGGCUUGGUGCCUCGUGAACCAAGCAACUGAGGACCUCCCUGUACUCCAGCCAGGGUGGCAAAGCACUUCAUGCUGGUCAGUGUAGACACAAUACUGCACUAGAUGGACCAAGGGUUUGACUCAGUAUAAGGCAGCUUCCUAGGGACACGGGUGGCGCUGUGGUCUAAACCACUGAGCCUCUUAGGCUUGCUGACAGAGCUCCCAUUGCUCUGUCCCAGCUCCUGCCAACCUAUCAGUUCGAAAGCACACCAGUGCAAGUAGGUAAAUAGGUACCGCUGUGGCGGGAAGGUAAAUGGCGUUUCCAUGCGCUCUGGCACUCAUCAUGGUGUUCCGUUGCACCAGAAGCAGUUAGUCAUGCUGGCUACAUGACCUGGAAAACUGUCUGUGGACUAACGCCAGCUCCCUUGGCCUGAAAGCGAGAUGAGCGCCGCAACCCCAUAGUUGCCUUUGACUGGUCUUAACCAUCCAGGGGUCCUUUACCUUUACCUUUACCAAUGCAGCUUCCUAUGUUCAUCAUCAUUACCAUUAUUAAUAUGUUCUUGUAUAAUUCAGCCCUUUAUUGAGAACCAUGACGACUUGCUUGUUCUUCUUAGGGGAAGGGGUACAGCUUGAUGAAAGCACAUCUGCUUUGCAUCUCCUAGGUUCAAUCCCAAAGGCAAUUACAAUGCAGCAAUAAUUUGUGUUGUCAUGAUUCAACACAAAUUCAGCUGUUGAGGGGUGUCUGGGGUGUUGGGGAGGCGUAGUACCACUGGUGGGGGACAUGCUGUGCUCCUUCCAGGGAUAGUCUGUCCACCUUGGGUCCCCACCCUGCACUCAGCUCUCACCUGUGGCCCCUAGAAGCUGUCAGCAUGCAACAGCAGCUUCAACUGGCCAGCUAAACCAGGUGAGGAACUUCCCCUGCAUGUGAAGACAGGCUGCGGUGGACAAGACCAAUAGUGGGUCCAGUGGUCAAGAAGGUUUGAAGGGAGACCAUCUAGGAGAAGGAAAAAUCUGAUCUUAUACCUUUGCUGCCUUGCGGGACAUCUUCUGGAAAAGAGAAGACUAAGCAGUAAACCCUACACAAUUCCGGAGUGAAGUCCGUGGGACGGUUGGGUGGCACCUUGUAUGCCUCCUUUGGGCAACUCCUGCAGCCAGGCUGGUGCCAAACAUAUAGGUCUGGCAACUACCAGGUGGCUUUAAGAGACGAUUGUGGAGGAAGACAAGACUAUCAAUGGCUACUUGACAUGAUGGCUAUGCUCUACAGGAGGCAAGAUGCCUCUGGACACCAGUUGCUGGUAAUCACAAGAGGAGAGUUUCUGCUUUUGCGUUCCUGCUUGUGAGCUUCCCAUUGGAGGCAUUUUGCUGGCAACUGUGAAAAGUCAACGUCGGCUGAGAUGGGCCUUUGGUUCAAUCAGCAGGACUCUGCCUGUGGAGGACUACUGUGUUUGCAGGCCUUCCAUCCCCAGGGGCAGUCUAGCUCAGAAGGGCAGUUGCCAGGUGGUACAGGUGGGGAGAGUUGCUGUUGCAUCUGUGUCCUGCUUGGUGACUUCCCUUUGCAGCACCCCGUUGGCCACUUUGAGGACAGAAUGGUGGAUUAGAUGGGCCAUUGGCCAGAUCCAGCAGGCUCUUCUUACCUUCUUAAGGUGGGUGAUGUAGAUUUCCUGGGAAAUUUUCAUGUGCAAAUUAGAGUGAUUUGCAUAGUGAAUUUAUCGGGGUCACUAAACUUUAAGCUUACUGAGAUCAUCUGGAUGACUGUUGCUAGUUCUCUUGCAUGUUGCAGAGGCCGAGCUGGCCUCCAUUAACAUCACAGAAUUGAAGAGUUGGAAGGAAACAGAGGGUCAUCUAGUCCAAACUCCUGCAGUGUUGGGAGUUGGCCAUUUAUUUUCUCCGCUCCCAUGUUGUGCAGAACAGACCUCCAGCAGAGAUUCAUCAGGCAUCCUCACUUUUGACUUUCAGGUAUCUUAGUUUUGUUUUGUUUUUAUGCUGGCAGGCGUUUUCUGUCCUUUUAUAUUUUUUGUUGGGGAGGUCAGUCUGGAUGAGGCCCCAAAUCCCUUCUGAUUCUGGGGUCCCGGGCCCAGUGAGGGUUAGAAUCUAAUGGAGGAGGUUGCUGAACAGGUCAGACAAGUUUCUUUGUAAGAACUUAGCUCAGAGGUUUUCAACCCUUUUGUGUCCAUGGCUCCCUUGACCAACUACAUUCUUUCUGCGGCUCCCCUGUGGGGAAAUAUACUCUGAGCCUCAGAAACCAUUAUGCCACCCCUUGCCAGCAGCCCCUCACCCCCUUUUGAACACCCUUCCUUGUGUUCACUUGGCUUCCUGUCCUUUCCCCCCUUCUUGGGAGUCUUCUGGGUGGGCAGCAGCUGCAGCCGCCUCAGUCUCAGAACCGCCAAAGGAGACUUGGCAACUGUGAAUGUGAGGCUUGCACCUUACUCACCUUGGGUGGCAGCAGUGGGCACCACUGGGCCUGCCUGCCAAGCCUCCCACUUGUCCGCCCAUUCCCAACAGCCAGGGCUGACAGACUGGUUGGCUGGGCUCCCUCACCCACUUGCUUCUUACUCUGAGGCAGCCUCAGCUCCUGGCAGCCAGCACCCCCUGGCCAGCCCCAGAGGCACCAUUCACCUGUGGAGCUUGUAGCCAGGGCUGCUGCAACAUACAGCCGUGUAAGCAGAGGCAGAAAUGCGUGGAGGAAGGGAGGGAAGGAAAGGGAUGGAGACCAGUGUUCCCUGUGGCACCACUGACCAUCUUUCAAGGCACCCCAGGGUACCACGGCACACUGGUUGAAAAUCCCUGCCUUUGCUGGCCACAUACACAUUCUCAUCUGCAUCCCCAAAGAAUGAGCCAGGUUGCAAGAACUACAACUAAGUGAUGGGACACUCCAGACUAAUGUGGGGAGAGGGAGAGCUUUCCUCCACCCCUUUCACCUACUUGCAAGGGGAAAACAAGAGCCAGAGAGGUGUGUUAUGAGCUGAGCUGGAUGCAGCCUGGAAGCUGGAGACGCAGAGACUUGCUUGCUCUGUGCUGGAUCCAAAGCUGUGACUAAUGGAAAAGCAAUAUUUGUUGGUGUUGUAAUUAUUAUUAAUAAUAAUAAUAAUAAUUUAUUAUUUGUACCCCACCCACUCUGGGCGGCUUCCAGCAAAGAUUAAAAACACAUUAAAAUGUCACACAUUUAAAACUUCCCUGAACAGGGCUGCCUUCAGAUGUCUUCUAAAUGUCAGGUAGUUGUUUAUCUCUUUGUCAUCUGAUGGGAGGGCGUUCCACAGGGCAGGUGCCACUACCGAGAAGGCCCUCUGUCUGGUUCCCUGUAGCUUUGCUUCUUGCAGUGAGGGAACCGCCAGAAGGCCCUCAGCGCUGGACCUCAGCUUCCGGGCAGAAUGAUGAGGGUGGAGACGCUCCUUCAGGUAUACUGGGCCGAGGCCGUUUAGGGCUUUAAAGGUCAGCACCAACUCUUUGAAUUGUGCUCGGAAACGUACUGGGAGCCAAUGUAGGUCUUUCAAGACCGGUGUUAUGUGGUCUCGGUGGCCGCCCCCAAUCACCAGUCUAGCUGGCGCAUUCUGGAUUAGUUGUAGUUUCCAGGUCACCUUCAAAGGUAGCCCCUCAUAGAGCGCAUUGCAGUAGUCUAAGCGGGAGAUAACUAGAACAUACACCACUCUGGCGAGACAGUCCGCGGGCAGGUAGGGUCUCAGCCUGUGUACCAGAUGGAGCUGGUAGACAUCUGCCCUGGAUACAGAAUUGACAUGUGCCUCCAUGGACAGCUGUGAGUCCAAAAUGACUCCCAGGCUGCGCACCUGGUCCUUCAGGGGCACAGUUACCCCAUUCAGGACCAGGGAGUCCUCCACACCAGCCCGCCCCCUGUCCUCCAAGAACAGUACUUCUGUCUUGUCAGGAUUCAACCUCAAUCCAUUAGCCGCCAUCCAUCCUCCAACCGCCUCCAGGCCACUUGCCCAGGACCUUCACCGCCUUCACUGGUUCUGGUAAUGCUAUGAGCCCCUCUAUCCUAUGCUCAUGUUGUGUAUAUGUGUAAAAAGAAUCACAUAUCCUGAAGACACCGCAGCGUCCACUGACCUUCAUUCCAAGAAAACCAAACCCAGGGUUAAGCACUUGGAAUCCCUGGAGUCUCUCACUAUUGGGGUGGUGUGUAACAAUUUUUUUCUCAAGUAGCCAGUCACUUUGCAUGUGAUUUUAUUUGUUUAAAAUGCUCCUGUUACCUGACCUCUCCUUUCCUCUCCUGCCUACAGGAUCAUCAAAAAUGUUGUCCGUAGCUUCAAGUACUUAUAUGGGCUGAGGUUUGACAAGAAGGGCCUAGAGCACUUUGAGGUCGAGGGGCCCUGCGUCAUCGUCUCGAACCAUCAAAGCAUCUUGGACAUGAUGGGUGAGAAUAGCCAGAAGAAGCUUCCCCUUGACCCAGCACUCAAAACUGGUUCACGUGAUGAUGGCAUAUUCCCAGAGUAGAACAGAAAUACAGAAUAUAAAAUGCAACAUAAUUUGUAUAAACAUGAACAGCUAAGUGAGGCAGCAGUAAUUAAACAACAACAACAACCAGUGCUCACCUAGCCCAGAAUAUAAAAUACAGUUCAUUGCACAGGCUGCCUGAAACAUGGUAUUCAGAGCCUUUUUCAAAGAGUUGUUUGUGGUGAUGUUCAAGAGGUUAACAGGCAACGAAUAGCAAUGAACUACAAAGCUGUGGAGCCACUACUAAAAAGGCACCCUCUCUCUAGAAUCCCCACCAAUUUCACUACCCGAAGGCAGAGGGCAAAUGACUAGGGCCAACGUUGCCAAUCUUUAAUGUGCAGGCAGGUUGAAAUGGGUACAAAUGGCCUUCCAAAUAAUUGUUUUCCCAAAGCAUUUUGGGCUUUAAAGAAUUACACAACAAAAACAACAACAGUGCUUUGAAUUGAGCACCUAAACACACCAACCAGCGAUACAAUGGAGAUGAUAAAGGCAUUUCGUGCCCCUAUCAGAAGUCUGGCGGCUGCCUUUAAAACCAUCUGAAGUCUCUGAGCCAUCUAUAAGGGCAGCCCCAUACAGUGCUCAUAACAGAAGUUAAGCCUAGAUCUAAUUAGAACACAGAUGGCUGCAGCUAGGUCCACUGUAAGACAUUUUUAAAAAUAUAUAUUAGUUGACUGAAUAUCUCUUGGCUGCUCAAGCACAGAUGUCUAAAGAUUAAAUCAGGGCAGGGAACCCUUUUUAACUUGAGGGCUGCAUUCUAUUAGAAACCCAUAAAGGGGUCGCAUGCUGGUGGGGGGUGGAGCCAUAGACUAGGACCUGAGUGUUACAGCAGAUGUGACUCUUAACCUUUUGUCCAGUGAAUCCUGCGAAAGUUGGAAUUUUCAACAAAAGGACACCCUGCACAUCUCUCCAUCUUCUAAAUUUAGAUCAGGGGUCGGCAACCAAAGGCUCAUGGGCCGGUAGCGGCCCAUGGGGCUUGUCUAACCGGCCCAUGGCAACCCCUGCUGCCCCCCAGCCCGCUUUUACCGGCACAGCACAGGGACUGAUUCUGGGUUGAUUGUGCCUAUGUGCAUGUGCACGGGCACUCCUCCGACCUGGAUGUGCACCGGAAAUAGCGUGUGCGCACGGGCACUCCUCUGACCCAGAAGAGUGCGCUUGCACACAUGCUCCAGCCCAUCCUCCGACAGACAGAACGUGGACCGGCCCAUCGUCUGGUAACCUUGCCAACCCCUGGUUUAGGUCCUAUCAAAGCAUCAACAUAGUUUUGAAAGAGGUGCAAGGUUUACCCUGUUUGUUUGUUUGUUUGUUUGCUUCCUUGCUUGCUUGUUGCGUGUCAAGACCCCGCAGCCACCCCCUCGUUGGAAAUAACUCACACAAGGACACGGAUAUUAGGUUUAUGUUAUUGGGCACAUUUUGGCCACAGCUUUAUUGAAAUUACAGAAUGUGAGCGGUAUUGAGCACCCAAGAGGGUCUGUAGGGAAGGAGGGGGUCUUUCAGGUAUUUGGAUCCUGAGUUGUUUUAGGGCUUUGAACACUAAAGUGAGCACCUUGAAUUGGGCCCAGAAAUGAACUGGUGAUUGGUAACCCUCUCAUCAGCCCUGUAAGGUAGGUCAGGCACCAGCAGGGUCUUCCCUGUCCAAAUCUAACACUCCUGCUCUGUGUUGCCGCAAUGGGGACUCCCUGAUAAGGGAAAGGGAGAGGAUCCGUACUGGACCACAGAGCAGAACUCAGCAUCCCGCCUGCUCUCCUACCCCUUUAGGCUUGAUGGAGAUCCUCCCAGAACGCUGCGUCCAGAUCGCGAAGCGGGAGCUCCUCUACUUCGGCACCGUGGGCCUCAUCAUGUACCUGGGUGGUGUCAUCUUCAUCAACCGGAAGAGAACCAGCAACGCCAAGUCCGUGAUGGCCGGAGUGGGCCAAGCCAUGAUGAAAGACAAUGUGAGUUGCAGGCAGGAGGCGGGUUGCAAAUAUGUUUGUGCUAUGGCAUUUCGCCUCCAGUAGAAUAUUUUAUUGGUUUUAUCCUAAAAUGCCACUGAUCAACUCAAUGAAACCUGCAGAGUACUACCUGUGUACACCAGUCACUUGUGAGAAGAACAGUUAUCCUUUAUUUCAUUGUUUUUAAACUGUGGCAUCUUAAACUCAAGCGGUGGGUCCUGCAAUAAGCACAUGCAAUGACACACAGGGUGGUCCUUCUGACUUUAUUCUUCAUUUAUUCUUCCAUGGAUAUCCCUCUUUUCCCCCCAAGGAGUUCAAGAUGGCGUACAUGGUUCUCCCUUCUGCCUCAUUUAAUCUCCACAACGACACUGUGAGGGAGGCUAGGCUGAGAGGCAGUGGCUGGCAAAGUACCUCCAGUGAGCUUCACUGCCAAGUGAGGAGUUGAACCCUCCCGUCUCCCAGGUCCUAGCCCAUAUUUAAUCCCCACAACAGCUCUGUGAGGUAGUUUAGACCGAGAGACAGUAACUGGCCCAACGUCACACGCAGUGAGCUUCAUGGCUGAGUGAGGAUGUGAACCAUGGUCUCCCAAGUGCUAGUCUGACACUCUAACCACACUGGCUUUAUAGGACAUCAUCUCAGUACAGUGGUACCUCAGGUUACAUAUGCUUCAGGUUACAUACACUUCAGGUUACAGACCCCGCUAACCCAGAAAUAGUACCUCGGAUUAAGAACUUUUCUUCAGGAUGAGAACAGAAAUCAUGCAGCAGUGGGAGGCCCCAUUAGCUAUAGUGGUGCUUCAGGUUAAGAACAGUUUCAGGUUAAGAAUGGACAUCUGGAACGAAUUAAGUACCGUAUUUUUCGGCCUAUAGGACGCACUUUUUCCCCUCCAAAAAUGAAGGGGAAAUGUGUGUGCGUCCUAUGGGGCGAAUGCAGGCUUUCGCUGAAGCCUGGAGAGCGAGAGGGUCGGUGCGCACGACCCUCUUGCUCUCCAGGCUUCAGGAAGCUAUCCGCAAGCCGUGGGAGAGCUGCGCGAAGUCGCGUAGCUCUCCCACCUCUUGCGGAGAGCUGCCUGCACCCAGAAGCCUGGGACACGCUGAGCUCAGCAUGCCCCAGGCUUUGAGCCACGGCUUGCGGAUAGCAGCCUGUUCUGGGGGCUGGGGUCGGGGGAAGCUCAGGCUUCCCCCGCCCCAGAACCGCGACUGGGGGGGGGGGGGAAUAAAUUUUUUUUCUUUAUUUCCCCCCAAAAAAACUAGGUGCACCCUAUGGGCCCGUGCACCCUAUGGGGCGAAAAAUAUGGUACAUAACCAGAGAUACCACUGUAAUCCUAACAACAAUCUUGCAGGGUGGGCCAGAAUUAUUUCUUGUCCCCUGUCUUGUAGCAGAUAGUAGACAGAGGGAUCUUACUCUCUUAAGACAAAGUGAAAUGAAUUCAUAGGAGACGCAGGGUUUGAACCAAAGCUCUGAGAAGCUGAAGUCUUUCUAAGCAUCAUGGCAGAGUGAGGGUUUGAACCCUGGUCUCUCAGGUCAUGAUCUAACACUCUAACCACUAGGGCACACUGUCUGACUUUGAGAACUGUAUGUGUCUUUCCAUAGGUCAAAGUGUGGAUCUACCCAGAGGGUACCAGGAACGGGAAUGGGGAGUUGCUGCCGUUCAAGAAGGGAGCUUUUCAUCUUGCCAUUCAGACACAGGUAACCAACGGAUUUGUUCAUGCAAAGCAUGCGCAGUGGUUAGAGACCCCGCCCCAUCUUUACUCAGCAUUUCGUACUUGUUUAAGGGGUGGUUACAAGCAAACGGAGGCUCAUCUCAUGAUUUGCUUGUGUUUAGUAUUUACACACUUUCCCAUUAAUCAUUAGUUUACCACACUUUAAAGAUAAAGGUAAAGGACCCCUGACAGUUAAGUCCAGUCACGGAUGACUCUGGGGUUGUGGUGCUCAUCUUGCUUUACUGGCCGAGGGAGCCGACGUUUGUCCGCAAUCAGUUUUUCCGGGUCAUGUGGCAUCAUGACUAAGCUGCUUCUGGCGCAACGGAACACCGAAACCAGAGCAGUGCAUGGAAACGCCGUUUACCUUUCCGCCGGAGUGGUACCUAUUUAUCUACUUUGGCCUUUUGACGUGCUUUUGAACUGCUAGGUUGACAGGAGUUGGGACCGAGCAACGUGAGCUCACCCCGUCGUGGGGAUUUGAACCACCAACCUUCCAAUCAGCAAGCCCUAGGCUCAGUGGUUUAGAUCACAGUGCCACCCUUAAACCCCCUUUCAUUGCAUGAAAUUUGAAAGGCAAUGGAAGAGUGUGCCUUUGUGGGUGAAGUCAAACCUUUGGAGGGUUACAGUGCCAGCUGUGGCUGUAGAGACCGAUGCAGGAGAGACAUGUUUUGUUGCAGCUGGGGCAGUCGAAGGUGCUUGGUUGUUAUGCUGCAGGUGCAGUGUGGCAUUUCUUCUCUGUGGUCAUCCCAGCGGUCAUUUCUCCUCUGCUGGUCACUGGUAUGGACGCACAGUUUGUCUGUUUCUAGGCACUGCUGUCAUCUGCAUGGGAUUCCCACACGGCGGGAUUAAUGCUGCCAGCCUUCAUGCCAUGUUUGCAGACAUCUUUGUAAUGUGGAGUUGGUCUGCCUGCAAGCCUGGUUCCUGAAGCCAGCUCCCCAAGAGAGCAUGCUUUUGGGGAUCCCCAGAGACGUGCAUGAACCAAAUGUCCCAGUACAUGCAGUGGAAUCACCCCCGUGAAAUAGUGACAGACAGAGGCCAGCCCAUUAUAUGAAGCCCAAAAGAAGGUCCUGAGUGCAGCAGUCCUCCUCUGUUGUUAUUCCUCAGCAACAGAGGUAGACUGCCUCUGAGCAUGGAGGCUCCAUUUUCAGCUAUCAUGCUUCCUGCAGUUGGAUCAGGCCAAUAGCUUAUCUCAUCCAGCAUCCUAUUCUCAGAGUGGCCAACCAGAUGGCUAUAUGGGAAACACACAAGUAGGACAAGCAACAACAACUCACACCUCCAUCAGUUUCCAGUGACUGUUAUUCAGAAGCAUUGCUGCCCCCAGCUGUGGAAGUGAAGCAUAGCCUUUAUGGCUUCUAGCGCCCUUCCAUAGCCGUCUCCUCCGUUCAUUUGUCUAAUCCUGUCUUAAAGGCAUCUGUGCUGAUGACAUUGCUGCCACUUCCAUACACUUCCAUAGUGUAACUGCGCUUUGUGAAGAUGUACUUUCUUUUCUCAUUCAGUUUUAUUGGAUGUUCUGCCAUUCGGAGGGAGUGAGGAAUAGCUUUUCUCUAUCCACUUUCUCCACACCAGGCAUCAUUUUGUAAACUUCUAUCAUGUCGCCUCUUACUUGCUUUUAAUUGCACUGCUGUUGCAUCAGUAUCACCUUGCAGAAGAUGCCCAUGCCAAAAUCUGCGAACCCAGAGGGAUCCUAGGGCCAAAAGUGGGGUAUAAAUCCUUUUUUAAUAUGCAUGCAGUAGUAACAAUAGCAGAUCUCUUUGAGGUCAGUUGCUAACCAUCCUCCAUGCCUUCUCUUGUCUCCAGGUCCCAGUAAUUCCUGUGGUGUAUUCCUCCUUCUUAUCAUUUUACAAUUCGGAGAAGAAUCUCUUUACAUCAGGUAUGGUAGUGGCUGGUCUGCAAACUGUCCUCUUCCCAGACCCUGUGCAUUAUUUUUAAAAGGAUAGGUCUGCCUGGUGGUCUGGACCCUUGCACAAACUAGCCAAUAUUCCAACGCCCUCUCAGGGUUCAUUCAGGGGGGUUGCUGUCACUGGAGGCUGCCCCAUUGACAGGGACUUCUUGGUGUUGGCUCCCCGUUUUGUGUAAUGCCCUCUCUGGCAAGGUAUGUCUGUAUCUCUCACUACUGAUUUCCAGGAAUAAUGUUUAAACAUUCCCAGUUAUCCAGACACUUGAUGGCGUUUUUUAGUGUGGCAGCACCUGCACGUUGGAACUCCCUGCCUAUUGACAUCAGACAGACACCUUUGUAGUACUCUUUUUGGCACCUGCUAAAAACAUUUUGAUUAGACAAGCUUGCCCUGAUGUUUAGAAAGUUGAUGCCACUUUUAAGCUGGUUUUAGUGUAUUGUUAUCUUAACUUUUCGGAAGUCUUAAAUUGUUGUUUUUUUCUUAUCGAUAAUUUAGUUAUUUUAUCUUUUUUACAACCUCUUUGUUUUUUGUUUGUUUUUUUACAGUCAAGCGAUGUAUAAAUUUGACAAAAUAAAUACAUAAAUGAUUUGUUUACCCUCACCAGGCAAAAUCCAGGUCGAAGUCUUGCCCCCCAUCCCAACCCAGGGUCUGACUGCCAUGGACGUUGAUGACCUCACCAACAGAUGUUACAGCAGCAUGAGGGCGACCUUCCUCAGGCUGUCGGGGAGGCCCAGUGAAGUCAACGGAGAGGCAUCCAGCCUUGCACAGUGACAACUUUUUGAAGGCCCCAGUGCAAAAGAUGCACACCUUUCGAAACGACCUGUUGCCAAAAAUGAAACUUUGUGGUGAUUCUUCUUUGCUUAGGAUGGAGGGGGAAAGUUUGCAAACUCUUCCUCAAAGUCCUAGGGAAAGGGAGAUGGGGAAGGGAACGCCUCUGCGUAUAUCUAUCAUUAUCAUUCCUGUUCUCGUCUUCGGCUUCCCUUCCCCAGACCAGCCACCACCAACGCACAGAUUAAACUCUCCAACUUGUUGUUGUGACCCUUCGGAGUUUUGGGGGAAAGCCCCUUUGACUGUCCAAAAUCCAGACAGAAAUGUGUUCAUUUUUCUCUCUCUCUCUCCUCUGCUUACUUGAAAGGGCUUGGAUCUCACCUGUUCAACCAUUCCCUAUGUUCUAGGGUUAUUGUUCCUUCAGCCAUGCCCCAUCUCCAUGGGGCUCUAUGGGGCUCUAGGUCCCGUCCCCCCUUCCCUUUGGAAGUUGAGAACAGUGUUAACAACUUUGCCUCAAGUUUGCAUAACUGGACAGGGAAUUAUGAAAUGAUGUCUCUCAGCACUGUGGAGGUCUUUCACUGCUUGGGGUAUGUGUUUUCCACACACACAUUCCUUAGACACGCAGUGUCUCCCUUCCUAAAUAUCAGUGCAAUUCCAACAGUCUGGGGCCCACUUCUCAUUGGGUGGGAGCAAUGUCCCGAAAUGGGUUUCUGUACAGAAACAAGUAGUAAUAACGGGAGGUGCUGGCUUUUUAUCAUUUUAAUCAUACGUUCUUUAGGGGAUUUGGGUGCAGAGUUCCAGGAUGGGUUGGAGGGGGAACCCCACCGAGGACGGUCUCUGUGGAACUCCAAGGAUGGAGGGUCUCCAUUGGAGCUGCAAAAACGGGCGACCUUAGCUUGUCCUUUUGUGUUGGUUCUCUGUUUUAUGUUGUGGGUGGAGGGGAAUGUCUCUGGGAAAGGGGUAUUGGAGAUGGGAGAGCUUUGGGCUUCAAAUACCAGAGUUUCUGUUAACUUGGAAAGUCAUCCUUGCUUUUUAACAGGGUUGGGGGAAUCUAGAUGUUGUCGGAUUUCCAUCUGCUCUAACCACAGUGAUGGAUGCUGGGAAUUGUAGACUCGUCAACAUCUGGACACCUACAGAUGUUAGCCUUCCAUGAGGUCAGGCCAAAGGCCCAUCAUUACGAUGGGAAGCAAGUGACAUCUACCCAUCUGUUGGGAGCUGCGGACGUCAAAUGGAUGUACGUGUCAGGGGAGUUUGGUAGCCAGAAUGAAGCUCAAACUCACUCAAGAGCAGGGUAGCAUUUUCUUAAACAUUUGGCUAAGUUCCCUGCACUACCUGCCUUCUUUUGUUUAAAGGAAGGGAAACACUCCCAGUAAGUUGCAAUUGCAGGUGGAUCCUGCAAAAAUCUCGCAGUUGCAUUUUGCUUCAGGGGUGUGAUCCCACAGCCAGCUUCUGCUGGCCAGGAUCUUGUGAUCUUGUGUAGGGUGAUACUUCCAAAGGAUUUGUUCCAUUCUGUUUUAAGGGCACAAUCUGGGCAUGCUCCACUAUGCAGGUAGCUAACCCUGCUCGCCCACCAGAGGUUCUUGGGGCUUCCCAUCAGCCAGCAUGACCAGUGGUCAAAGACAACAAUGAUGGGAGUUCCACUCCAGCAAAAUCUGGAGGGCCACAGGUGUUAUUCGGCACUUCUUUCAUACAUAAGAAAUGCCCGUGAACUAGACUUGUUGGUGUUCUUUGGGGAGGUGGACUUGUCACGCGAGUGUGUCCCUCUGGCCUGAGUUCGUGGCCUGCUUAGUUCACCAUCUCUGGGCACAAAUCAUCAGUUUGGGUGUCAUCAUAGGGGACAGGUGUGUGGUGAACUGGACUGGCUCGUCAGAUGGGCAGGGACUGCUCAAGGUCAUGCUGUUUUAAUGUUCUUAGACGGCAAGUUGGGGAAUUUUUGGCCACUGUUUUUGUUGAAAGGGCUGUGUGUGCGCAGAUCCGCUCUGAUUCCUAAAAGACCAGCUGCUCUUCAAGAGUGCCUGUAAUAGGUGCGUCUUCUUGGAGCAGAUGUAUUUUCUCCAAAUGAAAAAAUAAAAUAAAAUCAUAUUGUUAAUAGCUAUAGGAUUUGAGAAACUGCAAAAUCUCCCCAAGCACUUGGGUGCUUCUCUUUCAACUGGGGGGAAAAAACCCAAAGCAUUAAGUGUGGGGGACAAGAUCUGUAGACAGGUUGGCAGUGGGGGAGGGCGACUCCUGUUAACAUAGUGACUGGUGGAGGACUUCCUUCUGCACCAUGAUGGGGGGCAGCCUGUGCCAACCUCCAUGUUUCAGACUUCAAACACUUAUUAUCAUCAUCUCUGAAACUUGGCGACCUUGACUGAGAGCUGAUGGGAGAUGGCAUCCCAACACCAUCCUGAGGGUACCCACCCCCAUCCAGGGGUACCCUUCUCUAUUUGGGUGUCAUCAACCAGGACACAGUACCACCCUCCCACCCAAAUACAACCCUGGGAAUAAUAAUGGAUUUUUGCUUAAAAGAAGGCACACACACACUUUCCGAAGUUCUUUGUGUAAAGGGUGUCCUCAGCAUGGACUUGAAGGGCCAUCAGCAGGUCCUGAUCCACGCUCAACCCUCUCUUCAGAGCAAGUGGGGCUUAUCUCAGUUGCCCUCUUGUUCCACAUCUAAGGCAGGAAUGCACUCAGGGAAAAUAAGCCCAUAGGCCCUUGAGCAGAGCUGCCCCCUCACUCCAAGAACGGAAGGAGGCUUGAAAGCCAAAUUACUUCUGGGGUGUGUUUGUUUUACAAGACUUGCUCUAGUUUUACAAACAUGUUUGCACAAAGGCAAAAGCGUCCAGCUCCAGGCAAAGUUUCUGUCUGGCCUGCUUUUUUGGCUCUCGGUCCCAAGUGACAAUUUUGUUUCCAAGCCACAAAUAGGAUGUGGCCAUGGUCUCUCUCUUGCUUAGCAGCAGGUGAGCGCUGGAGUCUUCAUCUCCGUGGCUGGGCAUGGGCAGGGCAGUGUGGCACAGGGCACCCAGUUGCUGAAACUGCAAAACCCAGCAGAUUCUCUGCAGCCUGCCUGCCUUUCAAAACAGCUGUGCCAGUGUCCACCAAGUUUGAUUAAUAACCCCACUCUGGAGGAAUAGGGAAAACAGGGAUCAGAGUAAGGCAGCCUGCUUCCACCUGCCUGCACCUUCCAGGUGUUGCUGGACUCUCAGCCCCCAUCACCCUCUCUGGCUAUGCCCAUGGGACCAACGGCACUUGGGAGUUCAACUCUGAUAUUCCAGAGGGUGCCAAGUUGGGGAAGGCUGCAAGUAAGUCACACCCCUUGAAAGCACUUUUGGGUGGGAGGAAAUAAAGGGAUGUAUCCAGCAUUAGUCCUAUGCAGAGUAGACCAACUGAACAAACUUGAUUUUCCAUGGCUGUAGUUGGAUAAAGCCUAGAAGUUUUCUCUGUUUCGUUAGGAGUGCGAGGUAAGAUUAAAGACACAGACACCCCCCCCCCCCCAAACUUGGGCAGCUGAGGUGCUUUGGCACAGAUGAUGCAGUCCGCAAACUGGUACCCUUCAGAUGCUGUUUGUUUCCCCAACUCCCAUGAGCCCUUCCCAGACUCCCAUGGCAAAUGUUCUGCAGUGGUGAUUGGAGUUGCUGUUGAACACCUGGAGGGUACCAUGUUGAUGAGCAGCUGAUGGGGCCAAACCUUCAUAGUCCAUUCUGAGGGCUUCCUAGCCAUGGGUCAGAGUGGUUUUCUAUCUUCCCCACUGCUUUUCCACGGAAAACCCACUCUAUACUAGCUUCUAUAGGAAAUAACCAUAAAGGUGUUGUCCUUUCCAGUAGCUCUUGAUAAGUUGUCCACACUCUAUAUAAACUACUUAUACAGUUGUGCCUUGGUUGACAGAACGCCUUACAGCUCAAACGUUUUGGCUCCUGAACACCGCAAACCCAGAAGUGAGUGUUCCGGUUUGCAAACGUUCUUUGGAACCCGAACGUCCGACGGGGCUUCCACGGCUUCCGAUUGAGCGCAGGAAGCUCCUGCAGCCAAUCGGAAUCCUCAUCUUGGUUUUUGAACAUUUUCAGAAGUUGAACAGACUUCCGGAACAGAUUCAGUUCAUCAACCAAGGUACAACUGUACCAUGAUUCAAAAAGUCAAAGAAAACCAAAUUGCUGUUUGCUGCAUAAGGAGUGGGUUUUACAGGGAGAAAGUGGCAAGACAAAUGAAAGUGUGGGUCAGACCCAUGUGUCAGGAAUUGGCCAGCGAUGGGGGGCUGCCACCCUCUGGCCACUUGUGUUAGGAAGACAGGAUUAGGGACUAGCUGCUUGUUCCAGGCCAAACUGUUCCACUUCCAGGCUAAGGAUAUUUUUUCCAGUGAUCAUUUUGGGGGGUGUUAAUGGGGACCUCCUUGGACUGUGCAAUCUGGGACACUGUGUUUGACCCUGGCUGCAGGAAUGGGGCGGCGUUCAUGCACAUCCUCUACAUGGGGGGCAGGGAGAGAAAGAAAUGCCUCUAGCAAUCAGUGGCUGCAUGCUGUUGGUGUUUGACGUUUUGAGGGGGGAAAAUGUGUGGUCUGAUUUUUAUAAAGCACAAUUUAUUUAAAGAGAAGUGUCUCUGAUGUGGUGUGGUUCAUUUUGCAGAAAGAGCUUUGCUGUUUGGGGCAGCGGGAAGAGGUCUCAAAUGCUCCCUUAGUGUUUGAACAAUUAGGCUGGAUGUUCCCCACCCAGCAAUGUAUUUAAUGGUUCGAGAAGAAAUGAUUGGCCUUAAAACGGUAUGACUUUGAAAUUUCAUACUAGGAUUAUCACAUCUAUCCAACAGAGCCUUAUUCCACCUUCCCCCACCCCCAAAAUUUGCAGAUAUAUUGCCACUGAAUGGGGAGGCUCUAUGAAGUUCUAAAAUCCUCUACUCUUGAGGCCUGUGUUUAUUUAUUUAAUAAAAUUUAUAUACCGC